CUCUAUUGUUUCCCAACUUGUCAUCUUUUUUUUUUAAGAGAGAUAUAAAAAAAGGCGACUCGUAAAACAACUUACUUUUUUGUUCUUUUUUAAUAAUGUAUGGAAAGCGAUCAUUUGGAGAUGCUUUUACUUUGGAAAUCAGCCAACGAGUUAUUUCUAUUAUAGCAAAAGAAGCUGGCUUCGAUGCAAUUCAACCUGCAGCAUUAGAAUCAUUGACCGAUUUACUCGGUUCUUAUCUUGAACGACUCUUAAUAAAAGCUCAUUUAUGCGCUGAACUUGGUAACCGUGCAAGACCCAACAUUCAUGACAUUACGAAAUCACUACUUUCUGCUAAUGUCGACAUAUCAGCAUUUGAACAAUACUUAUCCGAUACAGUUCAUAAGACAAAUAUAAUCAACUUGGCUUCAAAGAGUAAAAAAUAUCUAAAGACGACAAGAUCAAACGAGUCAACGGUAGAGAACACGCCUGAAUUCUUGCCUUCUGAUAAUGAAGACUCUGAUGAAGAAGUAGAGCGAGAUAGUACACGACCUGGCUAUGUCGCAUCUCAUUUCCCUACAUUUCCAAGCAAGCAUUCCUUUAGACAAACACCUAUUUAUAUUAAAAGACCUGAUGAUCCGCAAAAGGUGCGAGAGCUCAAUUCACAGCAGUCAAGAACAGUAGAGGAAAAUUUGAAGAAACUGAUGGCUACAGAAAAUCAGAUAUUGAAGGAAACAACAGGAAUACAAGUAGUUGAAGAUGAAUACAUGAUGCCUAUUGUUAAUUAUGAAGGAUUUCUGCAAAGAAGAAAAAAGUCAAAGCAAAAAGGAACCACGCUUAACGUCGAGGGAUCGAACCAACCAAAAGACAAUUCAAACAUGCAAACAGCAGAGCAACAGCAAGAAGAAGGAGAAGAAGAAGAAGGAAACAUGAUAACAGACGAUAGCAAUCAGCAACAAGUAGAAUGA